AUGACCAACUGCGACAUUUCCAACUGGUUGUUCAUCACCACAUGCCUCAAUUACGCAGUGCUGAUCUUGUUGGGUCAUUUACGUGACUUUUUUCAUGAAUUGUUUUAUGGGAGUGUUCACAAGACACCUCGUGGUCACGCACCAUUGUUGAGUUCGUUUGAAGAUUUGUAUACGAGAAGAAUAUUUAGAAGAGUGUGUGAUUGUUGGAAUCGACCAAUAGCAUCAAGACCUGGUGCUUAUAUUGAAGUCAUGGAACGAAUCUCUCACAAUUACAAUGCCACUCUCGAACUCACUGGUCGCACUCUUAAAUGUCUCAAUCUAGCCAGUUACAAUUAUUUGGGUUUUGCAGAGAGUCCUCCUCAUGUUGAAGCUCAAGUUUUAUCAAGUUUGGAUCAAUUCGGAGUUUCACAAGGUUCUCCAUACGGAGAUUGCGGAGGUUACACUCGAGUCCAUCAAGAAUUGGAACACAUGAUUGCUCGUUUCGUUGGACACGAAGAUGCCAUCAUCUUUUCGAUGGGUUUCGCAACGAAUAGUACCACCAUUCCCUUAUUGGCUUCUUCUCCAGAGUGUCUCAUUAUUAGUGAUCAAUUGAAUCAUAUGAGUAUUGUGAAUGGAGUGAGAAGUUCUUCAAGGGCAUGUUUGGUCGUAUUUAAACACAAUGAUAUGGAGCAUUUGGAGAGAAUUGUGAGAAAGAGUAUUUUGGAAGGUCAACCAAAGAGUCACAAACCUUGGAAGAAGAUUAUUAUUAUCAUGGAAGGAAUUUAUUCGAUGGAAGGAGAAAUUGCAAACUUGAAACGAGCAGUAGAAAUUAAGAAAAAGUAUGGAUGUUAUUUGUAUGUGGAUGAAGCUCACAGUAUUGGCGCUUUGGGUAAGACUGGUCGAGGUGCGUGUGAAUAUUGUGGAGUCAAUCCACAAGAUGUUGACAUUUUGAUGGGAACCUUUACAAAGAGUUUUGGUUCCGUGGGUGGUUAUGUGGCAGCCAGUAAGGAAAUCAUUUCGUAUUUGAGGAAGAAUUGCUAUGGUUUGACGUAUGGAAGUAGUAUUCCCACUCCGUGUGCUCAACAAGCAUUGUCUGCUCUCAAGGUCAUUACGGGAGAGGAUGGAACGGAUUUGGGACGAAGAAAAUUGCAACAACUCAAUGAAACUUCUAAUUACUUUAGGGAGGGCUUAAAGAAAUUGGGAUUUGAGGUCAUUAGUGAUGUGGACUCACCUGUGAUUAUUACCAUGCUUUACAAUCCUUCCAAAUGUGCUGCAUUGAGUCGAAUGUGUCUCGAAGAGGGUAUUGCUGUGGUGGUGGUAGGAGCUCCAGCAACGGAAACUCUGAAUUCGAGAGUGAGAUUUUGUGUCUCUGCUGCUCACACGAAAGAAGAUAUUGAUUUUGCUUUGGAAAAGUUGGAUCGAUUGGGUGACUGGACCGCUAGCAAGUACAAGCUGUUCAAGAGCCAAACUAUUAAUGAUUUGUAUAAUAUUGUAUUCUAG